AUGGUCGUCAAAAUCAGAUUAGCACGUUUCGGCCGCCGCAAAGCACCGUUCUACAACAUCGUCGUUGCGCAAGCCCGGACUGCGAGGAACAGCAAGCCGAUUGAAGUACUAGGCACAUAUGACCCGAUACCCAAGCCGCCUGCAGACGGAGAAGGGAAGCCCUUCAAAGACAUCAAGCUCGACACUGCGCGCGCCAAGUACUGGCUAGGCGUAGGUGCGCAACCUAGUGAUCCGGCGUGGAGGCUAUUGUCAAUGGCUGGAUUGCUGGUCCCGAAAUACCGACCCUCGCCAAGGCCUACACCUGCGAGCAGCAUACCGGAGGCGAGUGGGAGCGCGGAUAAGGAAGCGAACGCUGUUGUAUAG